AUGAAGAGCUUAAAGCUAAAUCCUUACAAAUAUGAUGUUUGUGUUUAUUUCAAUGCCUUCAACCGCAAUCCCUGUAUUACAUACAAACAUUCAACGGAGAAGUCUUUGAAGUCAUUGUAUUCCAGAAGGAAUUUCGCUGGAGGUUUAAGUGCUUUUGGUCAAAUUAAACUUCUCAGUGAGAAGGGAAUAGAAUCCUUAAAGAAAAAUAAAUAA